AGGCUCAAGAAUUUGUAGCGGAAGGUCAGGCUGCUUAACAGCUCAUGUUUGAGUCAGAAAUAAGAUGAGCUCUGGGGUUGAUACAACUAAACCGACAACGUUUAGUGCGAUUUUUAAGCACAUUUCACCACCAAGCACUGUAGAUAAUUGCCUUUAUUGUCACCUGACCCAUCCUAAAUUGAAGAACCUUGUCAUUACUCGUGGUGGAUUCAUCGAAAUAUAUAAUGUAAAAUCUAGUGCCUCUGGUGAAACUCGGUUUAACUGGGUGUAUGGAACAUCCGUCUACGAAAAUAUUGCGGACAUUGUCACUGUGCGCUUCACAGGAGAUCUUCUGGAUUCGCUACUUCUGAGUUUCCCAGAAGCUAAGGUUGCUGUGAUGAAUUUCAAUCCUGUCACAUUUGAACUGAGGACGUUAUCUCUACACAAUUAUGAAUUUGAAAACCUUAAGUCUGGUCGAAUGAACUUUACAAGACUUCCUAUUCUAAGGCUGGAUCCGCACCAACGUUGUGCCGUUAUGCUGGUGUACGAUCGUCAUCUUGCCGUUUUACCCUUUCGACGCACGGAAGUCCUAAUUUCUUCAGAAACGGAUCCAAAACAUAUCAGUGUCAGAAACUCACUUUUGUGGCAGCAGAGAGCGACAGCACCAUUAUUAGCCACUUUUACGACUUGUCUAAGUACUUCAACUGGAGAAAAGAUUAACAAUGUUCUUGACAUGCAAUUUCUUCAUGGAUUUUAUGAACCAACACUAUUGGUGCUAUAUGAACCGAUUGGUACAUGGGCAGGACGUGUUUCAGCUCGAAGAGACACUUGCUGCAUCGUAGCAUUAUCUUUCAACCUUCAAAAGCGUACAAAUCCGGUUAUAUGGUUCCAGGAAUUUUUACCAUUUGACUGUCGUUCAGUCAUCUCUGUACCUCAACCGAUAGGUGGAGUCGUCGUUAUGGCUGCAAAUUCCAUUCUGUAUUUGAAACAGACACUCCCGUCAUGUGGUCUUCCACUAAAUUGUUAUGCACAGAUAUCGACCAACUUUCCUAUGCGUAAGUUUUCUGUCUCUCGAUUAUCACAUUAA